AUGCAGCGGCUUGAGUGUCACGUGAAGAAGUAUAACUGGGGGAAACGAGGCACCGAGAGCGAAGUGGCGCGGCUGUUCGCCGCCGGGCACAAGAAUUUCGAAGUGGACGAGGAUGAGACCUACGCUGAGGUGAGUGACCGACAAUUUUUGGGUAGGCUCAGCGAUUCACCUCACUCUGGAUGGGCACUCAUCCCGAUGGAUGGUCCCGCGGUGCUUUCAAAUUCCGCCACACGCCUUUCAUCGUUCAUCGCCAAAAGUCAUUCUGCCGGCUAUUUGAGCAACAACAACUGGAAGGAAGACAUUCAUCUGCCCUUCAUAAUGAAAGUCAUGUCCAUAGCUCGAUCGCUCAGUCUCCAAGUACACCCUAAUAAGGAACAGGCUGUUCGGUUACACGAGCGUGAUCCUAUUCACUACCCAGACCGACACCACAAGCCAGAGCUCGCAUAUGCACUCACACAGUUUGAGCUAUUAUGUGGAUUCAGGCCAGCAGCCGAAAUUCUUGCAAAUAUUGAAGCUUUUCCACCAUUACGGUACGUCAUGGACAGUCAUAAUUGCGAGAACCUGCGGAUUGUUUUGGGCAAAGAGAAGAAUCCGCAUUCUUUGAAAUGUCGACAAGCGUUGGCGGCCUGCUUCGGGGAAAUGAUGGAAAGAACUCGACGUCAUCCGGCUCUCGUUAGCGAGUACGUCGAUGAACUGAUUGAAUGCCUAGAUAAUGGAGUGCGUGGUUGUCUGAGCGAAGCUACCGUUAAAGUGAUUCAAAAGAUGUCCGUUGAUUUCUCCGGGAGACAAUGCGUUGAAUGUGUUGGUUGCUCAAACAACACAAUUCGAGCUGCAAUGACUCCCAAGUUCAUUGACAGGGACGCAUUGUGCGAG